GCAGAGCGUCAGCUGCGUCCUUGCGUUUCCGUGUUUUCGAUCUCUCGAUGGUUUCGGUUGCGUGUUAGAGAGAGUUUUAGAGAUUUGUGUGCAGUCGAAUUCAAUAUUUAAUAGCUUAAACACAAACUCAACACCCGUCUGCUGUACAAACAGUCAGUUCCUCUCCGAUAUGGAUAAAUCGCGAGUGAUUGUGUCUAUGUUUAGCUUCCUGCUGAUGUGUGUCGCAUUCAGUCUUUCUGAAGCAACAACAACAACUUCAAAAUCAACAAUAAUCACACCUACAACUCCUCCGGCUGUCCACAAACCAUGCAACACUCAGACUUCCUGUGAGACGUGCCUCGCCAAUGUUUCGUGUUUGUGGUGCCAGACGAACAGCAGCUGCUCAGAUUAUCCGGUCUCGUAUGUGAUUCCUCCGGCGUCGCUGUGUAAACUCUCUCAGGCUCGAUGGGGUGUUUGCUGGGUGAACUUCGAGGCUCUGAUCAUCGCGAUGGCUGUGGUGUGUGGGAUUCUGCUGCUGGCUGUCACCGUCUGCUGCUGCUGCUGCUGCUGUAAACGCAGACGCUCGUCCAGUUUUGAUCGUGAUGAUGAGCAGUUUGCCCGGAGAAGAGAGGAGAUCAAGCAGCGAUCAGAAGAACGGAAGGCGGAGAGGAAGGUGAAACAUGAUGAAAUCCGCAAGAAGUAUGGUCUCAUCCCAGACUCCGAUCAUCCGUACAGCAAGUUCGAGAACGAGUGAAAGCGAGGGAUCGCAGGAAUCACUUCACCACGUGCUUCGCUCUUUUGAGACUCGUCGGAUGAGUUUAGGUUUGAUGGAAGCCCAAACUGAGAUUACCUUGUCACUCCUCUCUCUCUCUCUAGUUAUGAUUAAUGUCUGUGUAGUUGUCAGUCAACACAGAUUCUCUCUCUGUCUCUUUUUAACACGGUUUCUCUUUUCGUUAUAACUAAAAACAAUACAACAUCACGCUUCAAAAAAAUGAUGCUCUUCUUCUGUGUUUUUUCAGUAUGGAUAUCUAAACAUCCUUAAAAUGACAUCAAGCAAAAUGAGACGAGAUAUGAAGUCUUGUUUUUUUGUAUCGAAAUGAAGUGAUUUCAGGCUUUAAAAACAGGAACAAAUGUCUUUCAGUGGGACAGAAAAAUCAACUCAAUUUAAAGAGAAAACAAGCUGAGUUUUUGCCUUUGUUAGCAGAUAUGUUUUUUUUUUUUUUUUAAGCAUGAACUCCUUUUUUUAUGCAUUUUUUUUUUUAUCUCAAUCAAAAUGUAUCUUGAUUUAAAUAUUGAGAUAUUUGUACCGGAAACAACAAACAUAUUGGAAAAUGCAAAAAAGUAUUACUAUUUCUGCACAUUUUUAAUGCUUUAGAUGAAACUGAUGGAAAUGGCCCAGAUGGCUGUUAGAUUCUGAUUAUUAUUUCGUGCUGCUUUGUUUUCUCAUAGAGAAUUUAAGAAUUACUCAAUGCAAAAAUGUAAAUUCUGUGAUGAUUUAUUCACCUUUGUGUCGCUUUUUUAUGCACAGACACUGUUAAUAAUUACACCAUAACUGUGCACUAUAUGAUGCCUACACUGUAUUUAUAUUAAGUUGGCUUAUAUUCAGUCAUAUGAUUUUAUCUUUGGGAAACAGAUCUUACUUUUAUUCCCUAAAAAUCCACGAAGAUGAUGAUGAUUAGUGAACAUAAAGUCUAUUUCUCCCCCAAAGCGUCAAAUGACUUCAGAAAUAUAGCACAUGCAUCAUAUCAUACUGUUAUUCCUCUAUAGAUUCAUAGGAUGCAUUUUAUUUUAUUUUAUAAAAUGCAUCAAAUGGACUACUAUUGUGAAAAAAACUUGCAUGAAGAUGCUAAAAUUCUCUUUUUUGCAUUGUGUAAAAAACGACAACAGCAUAUGGGUUUGAAAGGUGAAUAUAUGAUAACCGAGUUCAGUUUUCAGUCAAUUAUUGCACUUUCUGAUUCAGUUGUGAUUGAAACUAAGCUUAUUUUUAAUCACUCGUGCUUCUGUGUGUAUUUAUACUGUAUGUACUUAUUAAAACAUGUCCUAAUAAAAACAAGCUUCCACUUUUAAAGAAA